CAGCCACUCACAACUUAUCCCAGUCCACUUCCAUUGUUCUCUGCCAGAUUAAGUUGCCUUAUGCUUCAUGUCUUGCUCUCUAGCCUGUGUAUCUGUGUUCUGGUUAUCUGUAGUACCUGAGACCUGUUAUUUGCCUGUUUUGGACCUUGCUUGUUUAAUAGACUUUUGAUUCUUGCCUGCUCCUUGUCGGAUUUGUUUGCCUGUUUGGACUGCCUUCUCUGGUUUUGACCCUUGGCUGCCUCACCACCUGGCUGACGAGUCACAGUGAUACACUUUUAGGGGCCCUAUUCAUGUCUGCAGCCCCCGCGACACACACUGGGUCCAUUGUGGCGAGGAAUGUCUCCUUUCAUGGCCUGAACCCGCCUGUAAAAGCACGUCAAUAAUCCCGAGUCAGUGGGUGCUUCAUGAUACUGCUGUGACCAUCCCAAUUUUGCACUCCUCCAAGGAAAAGUGACUGGGAUGGUUGAAAGAGAGGACGGCUGAAUGCAUGAAGUAAUUCAUCUGAUGGAUGCCGAUAAUCAAACAACUUCACAAAGGUACAAAGGAAAAAGGCCGACGAGGUGAUAGAUCCAAUGGUCGGGGUCUGAGUGUGCUCCUCGCAGCCGCGAACAGGGCUUUGUCCGCCGCCAUCCUGCGUGUACAGGGGAGGGGGUGGCGGUGAUUUACCGCACCUUCACUCACUGGGAUUAACUGAAAAAGAAAAAGGAAGGAAAAACACACCGAAUUCCCUCGUGUUAAGGACUCGACAUGUAUCCACAAGGCCGGCAUCCGGCACCUCACCAGCCAGGGCAGCCCGGCUUCAAGUUCACUGUGGCAGAGUCUUGCGACAGGAUCAAAGACGAAUUUCAGUUCCUGCAGGCCCAGUACCACAGUCUUAAAGUGGAGUACGACAAACUGGCCAAUGAAAAGACAGAGAUGCAGCGUCACUACGUCAUGUACUAUGAGAUGUCCUAUGGGCUCAACAUUGAGAUGCACAAACAGACUGAGAUUGCCAAACGUCUCAAUGCAAUCCUGGCUCAGAUCAUGCCAUUCUUGUCACAAGAGCACCAACAGCAGGUAGCUCAGGCUGUUGAACGGGCCAAACAGGUGACAAUGACUGAGCUGAAUGCUAUCAUCGGGGUACGUGGACUUCCCAAUCUGCCUCUCACUCAGCAGCAGCCACCUCAUAGUGUCUAUCCAGCCUUCAUGCAGCAGCAGCUCCAGGCCCAGCACCUCUCCCACGCAGCCCACGGCCCCCCUGUCCAGCUGCCCCCGCACCCCUCAGGCCUGCAGCCGCCCGGCAUCCCCCCUGUGACGGGUGCUGGCUCCGGCCUGCUGGCGCUGGGUGCUCUUGGCAGCCAGGCUCACCUGCCUGUGAAGGAUGAGAAGAACCACCACGACCUGGAGCACCGAGGACCCUCAUCUUUUCACUCGCCUCUGGCUCUUCCUCUGAAAGAACGCGAGUCGAGCACGAAUAACUCGGUGUCGCCAUCAGACAGCCUGCGGGCAGCCAGUGAGAAGCACCGCGGCUCAUCAGAUUACGGCCUUGACUCCAAGAAACGCAAAGUAGAUGACAAGGACAGCAUGAGCAGAUAUGACAGUGACGGAGACAAAAGUGACGACUUGGUGGUGGAUGUUUCCAAUGAGGAUCCAGCCACCCCUCGGGUGAGCCCCGCUCACUCUCCUCCGGAAAAUGGCCUGGAUAAAUCACGAGUCCUGAAGAAGGAUGCGGCCCCCAACAGCCCUGCCUCUGUCGCCUCUUCAGGCAGCACGCCGUCCUCCAAAGCAAAGGACCACGCCCAUAACGACAAGUCGUCCACACCGAGUCUCAAGUCCAACACACCCACACCCAGGAAUGAGGCGCCCACACCAGGAACCAGCACCACUCCAGGACUACGGCCUCUGACGAUGGGCAAACCACCUGGCAUGGAGGCAUUGGCUGCCCCUGCCCUGCGCACACCUCUCUCCAUUGCGGGUUCCUACGCCACCCCGUUUGCCAUGAUGAGUCAUCAUGAGAUGAACGGAUCCCUGACGAGCCCAGGCGUCUAUCCUGGCCUCAUUUCACCACAGAUGAGUGCUGCAGCUGCUGCCGCUUACGGACGCUCACCAAUUGCGGGGUUUGACCCUCAUCCUCACAUGAGAGCUCCAGGCCUGCCAGCCAGCCUCACUUCCAUUUCUGGAGGAAAACCGGCCUAUUCUUUUCAUGUGAGUGCAGAUGGUCAGAUGCAGCCCGUGCCCUUCCCUCCAGAUGCACUGAUAGGUCCGGGCAUCCCGCGCCACGCUCGCCAGAUCAACACACUGAGCCAUGGGGAAGUGGUGUGCGCUGUCACCAUCAGCAACCCCACGCGUCACGUCUACACUGGCGGCAAGGGCUGUGUCAAGAUCUGGGACAUCAGCCAACCAGGCAGCAAGAGCCCAGUGUCCCAACUCGACUGUCUGAACAGGGACAAUUACAUCCGCUCCUGCAAGCUGUUGCCUGAUGGCCGCACCCUGAUCGUGGGUGGCGAGGCCAGCACACUGACCAUCUGGGACCUGGCCUCACAGACACCCCGCAUAAAGGCAGAGCUCACUUCCUCUGCUCCAGCCUGCUACGCACUGGCCAUCAGCCCUGACGCCAAGGUCUGCUUCUCCUGCUGCUCCGAUGGAAAUAUCGCUGUGUGGGACCUCCAUAACCAGACCCUCGUUAGGCAGUUCCAGGGCCACACAGACGGAGCCAGCUGUAUUGACAUCUCCCACGACGGGACCAAACUCUGGACUGGAGGGCUGGACAACACGGUCCGCUCCUGGGAUUUGAGAGAGGGACGGCAGCUCCAGCAACACGACUUUACCUCACAGAUCUUCUCACUGGGUUACUGUCCCACUGGAGAAUGGUUGGCUGUGGGUAUGGAGAGCAGUAACGUGGAGGUGUUGCACCACACCAAGCCUGACAAGUACCAGCUGCACCUGCACGAAAGCUGCGUCCUCUCACUCAAGUUCGCCUACUGUGGUAAAUGGUUUGUGAGCACAGGGAAGGACAAUCUGCUGAAUGCAUGGAGGACUCCCUAUGGGGCCAGCAUAUUCCAGUCCAAGGAGUCGUCCUCCGUCCUGAGCUGUGACAUCUCUGCAGAUGACAAAUACAUCGUGACAGGUUCUGGAGACAAGAAGGCCACCGUCUACGAGGUCAUCUACUAGAGAGCAAAGGAGGCACGAACUCCGCUUCAGCACUUCUACUGAGAUGACUUUUCUGCUCCCCCCUACACCCCCCCAACCAUCAUCUGUGGACUGGAAUACAACAGGCCAGAGAAUUACUAAAGAUUUGGAAAACUUUACUGGUGGAAAUGAAUGGAGCUGUUGGCCCAUGGAUGCUUUUUUUUCUGUCCUUUUUGUCUUGGAGGGUUUACUUUUGGGUUGCACAUUUUUUGUGACUUCUGAAAAUUUGAGAAUAUUUGGAAGCAGUGCUUCAUUUCUGAGAACCUCGUUCACCAUACGUCUUGUGAAAAGUGUACAUAUUGGAUUAAAUAAGACAUUUUAUAUAUAUUAUAAAAAAUAUAUAUAUUUUCAUGUCCUGGGUGUACUUGUGAUGGAUUGUUUUGGCCCUCUCUCUCUUAUGCCAUGAUAUUUGAGCGGGAGAGUCGAACAUAGAUUAGAACUUUUUAACUAUUUUACCUUUUGAUUUUCUUAAAGCACAUUCUCUGGGCUGACUUUUUCAAAAAUCAAACAGAGGAGCAUGAAACUUGUAUAGUAGGACGUUUUGUGGAGAUUUUAAAAUGGCCUUUUGUCACAGUGCUCUUACCGGACGUUGAUGACGUGUUCUGAUCUGUAACGUGGAUCCCUCCGCUCGUUUGGACCACUGUGGGACUGAGCGGGACACUAUGAUUCAGGAUGGAUGUAAAUUUAAUUCAUAUAUAUAUAUAUAUAUAUGUAUAUAUAUAUGUAUAUAUACACACAUAUAUAUACAUAUAUAUAUAAAGACUUUUUUUUAAGUGUACUGCUCUGUCUGUGCUAUCUUUCUCCCUGUUUGUUUUACCUUGUUAGAUGAUGGGAGAUGGGGAACGUUUAAUGUUUAGCCUAACCCUUGGACCUCAGUUGGCAGCAGAAGCACUGCAGCAGGCACAAACUGAAUGACAAUGUGCUUUUUGCUAACUUUUACGUAAUAUGGAUGUUGAAUUGCACCAUUGAUUUCUUGGCUACAGACUUAACUCAAACAGUCCAAUCUGUGCUAUUGGAAUCCUUCUGCCCUUUGUAUCUUAUCAAUAUUCCUGGAACAUGUUUGGUCGGCCGUGACGGAGCAGAGGGACAUUUGACCUGAUUGACUGCACAAAUCAGUCUGUCUUUAUGAAAAUGUUCAGUGCCUGUAGUUGCUCAUGAGGCUGGAGCGAUAUGGCACUUAAACACAACAGAAAUACACAACCGAGUUAAUCAAGUGUCUCCCAUGUUGACGUGAAGACUUCAGUGAAUAAUUCUGGUUUCUACACUGUGCUCCUCAUACUGUCAGCGUUUCCCACAGAAAACAAAAGGUGCAAAAUGCGCCAGUCCCGCUGAAUCACACCAAAGUAUGUAGCAAAUGCUGUCAGCACUGAAAAGAAAUGUACAGUUGUUAAUAAAUCAAUAAAACUGUUUUUGUAGAAUGG